UGCUUUAAAAUUUCUUAUAUCCGGUACAGUGUACACGUGCUUGAAGGACACAGCAAAAUUAUACUAUUAUAAAACUUAAAAUAGUUAUACGAAAUGUUCGCACGCCAGUCGUGUUGUAUUACAAAGCUACAGAAGAUAUGUCAAGUUGGUGUUAACUUCCCGCAAGGAAUUAUCAUCAAGCGGCAAAAAUUUGACAAAAGAGAAGCUGGUUUGUGGGUUAAAACAAAUACUGAUAGGGCCUUGGAUCACUUUGAUGAUUUUUACGGCACUUUUUAUGGAAACCUUUGGCAGUCCACCAGACUUGCAAUGUUGUCUGCGCCCAAGCACUGUGCUCUUGUCAACUACUAUGCUGAUUAUGAAAAAACCAUAAAGAAUUUGAAGGAUAUGGGGUGCAUUGAGAUUCAAGAAUUUUAUGAGGAAAGCCGAUCCAAAAAAACAAAAAAGAGACGAACCCUAGCAAAUAGACCCACAGACAUGAUUGAAGAAGACAUUGGUGCUGGUGCUGAUGAUAAUGGAAAUGUUCAGGUGUUCACAGAUGAUAGAGUUGUAUCACCUGGCCAGGGUAGCUCUGCCUUUUUAAAUUUUGUGCCAACUACAAAAAUAAAAGGGAUGGAAGAUUGGUUGGAAGAAGAAGAUCAAUUCAAAUAUGUGAAACCAACUCAGGAUUUUGUGAUUGAAAAGCAAGUGGAUGAGCACCUGGAUUUCCCCCCUCUGCUUAGAGCUUUUGUUUUUCCGCGUGGAGACAUCUCUCGAUUUCCUCCUCCAAAACGGAGCAGUCUUGGCACUUCGAAUUAUUACUUGAUGGACGCUGCCUCCCUCCUUCCUGUGUUGGCAUUAAACCUACAACCUACCGAAUCCGUCUUAGAUUUGUGCGCAGCUCCUGGUGGAAAGUCUCUGGCCAUAUUACAGACAGUGUAUCCUAACGUUCUCGUCUGUAACGACAUAACAAUUUCUCGAGUUGCCCGACUCAAGGAUGUCCUAAGACAGUAUCUAGGACAAACCCAAUCUUGGAAGGACCACCUUGAAAUCCGGACUUCGAAUGCUAUAGAUUGGAACGAAUUUAAAGCGUUUGACAAAGUUCUUGUGGACGUCCCUUGCACCAACGACAGGCAUUCAGUCAUGGAAAAUGACAACAAUUAUUUCAAAAAAGAUCGCAUGAAAGAACGCAUCAGCUUGCCUGAAACCCAAUCUGCUCUUCUCUGCUCCGGAAUUCGAGCGUGUAAGCCCGGUGGCACUAUCGUCUAUUCCACGUGUAGCCUUUCGCCCAUUCAGAAUGACGGUGUCGUUCAUAUGGCAAUAAAGCAGCUAAAAGAAUUUUACAAUAUCGAUACGGUCGUCAAGGAUAUGUCGAUGACUGUCAAACACUUCAAGUUCCUUUGCCGUUUUGCCCCAUCAUCCUCGCUCCGCUAUGGCCAGGUGGCGCUUCCGUCCAUUGUCAACAACUUUGGACCCAUGUACAUUUCCAAGUUGCAGCGAGUCAAUUAAUCUUCUUUGUCAUCUGAGGCCAUCUUGAUAACAUGGCGGCCUGUCGACAGUUUCCCUUUUUAGGUAUUUGUUAAAAAACAACAACAAAUGAUUGAAUAUUCGAGUUUUGCAUGAUUGAGCCAUUCUUUUCUUAGCGCUAAGAUCGUUCUUCACUUUGUACUGUAUUUCAUUGUAAAUGAAACUUCCAGCGGAUGUUUUUCACACAAACAAA